AGAAAUCCUAGCCAAAAUGUCUCAAAUAGCACUUAUUACCCUGACGAUCUCCUCUGUCGUUAUGCUCGCCCUUGCCCAAACUAUCCGGACAACUGAAACAGUGUAUGCUGCCAGAGAUACACGAACAGAUUCGACAUUGCGUCGUGAUAACCGUGAUGCGCUUUGGUGCCCUACCUACCAAGUUGGAACGAUGUGUCCAGAGGACUCAUUCUUCUCCUAUUACACAUGCUGUGGACACUUACAUAAGGAGUGUUGCUCACAUAUGCGAAUCUGGGUGUUGCUCCUGCUUAUUGGCCUCCCACUCUUGUGCAUCCUCCCCCUCUGCUUCUACUUCCUUCGACGGCUAAUGAACAAGCGUCGUACCACCCAGCGAUACUCCAGCGGAGUACAAAUGGGCCCUCGUGACACGACCAACGUGACCACCGGAGGAACCCGCGAAGUCAGGGAAAUCCGCACUGUACAUACUAAAUAAGCUGUAAUUGUACCUGUAUACCUCUUUCCAUGCAUUUUAUUCGCGAGAUUUAUUUUUGUUCGCCUUGCCUUAUAGUUCUCCUCAACAACCACGAUUUUUUUUGUAUAUGCUUUAUUUACACAAUUCUCUCAAUUUGACACAGGCGAGUAUCGCAUAGGCUAUUUUAUUGUAUGUUGAAUGUAUGU